AUGUCUCAAGAUACCCGAAAGCACGUCGUGGUGGUUGGCGGAGGCUUCGCCGGGGCGACGGUGGCGCGCACACUGUCGAAGAAGCUCGACCGUACCAAACACAAGCUCACGCUCGUCACCUCGCGGCCUUACAUACUCAACCUACCUGCCGCUAUUCGCGCUACUGUGACUUCUGAGGGCAACUUCGAGAAGAUUGCUAUGAUACCCUACGACAAACUGUUCCAUAACGACAACGGGACUAUCAAGGUCGGAAAGGUCACCAGUGUUCAACCUGGUGAAGGCGGGGAGCGUGGGCGCGUCGUGUUCUCCAAUGGGGAGACUUUGGCUUAUGACAUUCUUGUACUUGCGCCUGGUAAUGUUUGGGCCGGGUCUAUCAACUUUCCCGAGACGCAGGAGGAGACGUUGGCGCACUUAGAGUCAUGGAGGAACAAGUUCCAGAACGCCAAGAGUGUUAUCGUUGCAGGUGGAGGUGCUGUCGGGAUCGAGUACGCGGGCGAGGUCCGGGACGUCUUUCCGCAGACCAAGGCCACUGUCGUUCAUGGCGGACGCCUGCUGUUGAACGAUUUCAUGUCCGAUAAGUACAGGAAGGCAAUGGAGGAUGACCUGCAUGCCGCCGGCGUAGACGUAAUCUUGAACGAUCAUGUCGACGGGUCUAUCAAAGACGGAACAGUCAGAACACGCUCCGGUAAGGUGCUCGAAGCGGACUUGCUGGUCACGGCUUUCGGCGGCAAACCCGCGACCGAAUUCCUCCAGAGCCUAGGACCUAACACGCUAGCAGGAUCUGGCCACAUCAAGGUUGAUUCAACACUGCAGUUGCCCGGGCAUCCGCAUAUCUUUGCCGCGGGCGAUGCAGUCGAGUGGCCGGAGUCGAAGCAGGUGAUGCCAUGCUACAACCAGGCGUCGGUUGUCGUAAGCAAUGUACUCGCCUUGCUAGGCGACAAACCCGCGAAGAGCACCUAUGGCGGGUCUCCCACCAUCAUCGUGGUUUCAAAUGGGCGGAAACGUGGCGUAUCAUACUUCGGCUACUUGAAUCUUGUGUUAGGGAAUCUGUUUACGAGCUUCGUGAAAGCUGUCUUAUUCAAGACUACCAAGCUCCAGUUCGGAUACGGGUUGUUUAGCACCUAG